CCAAAAGAGAAGUUGUGGGGUGGUUUGCUGUUGGGCAUAAGGUUAACACUACUCAUCGAACCAACUAGAAGCACUUCGUAUAUGUGUGUUCCUGCCAGUGUCGCGCUUGAGGAGCAGCGUCUACGGUGCACGGUGGGUCGGGGUUCAUGUUGGACUGUUUGUGUUGAGACUCUACAAUCACGUGUUUUAAGAACCAGACUGUUUGCUCUGAGAUGUUUAUUUACAGUACUUUAGUAGAAUAAACUCGAAUUUCCUGCCGUCCGAGCUCCUCUUCGGAUGCGGGUCCACUCGUUGUGAAACGAUUCAUCUACUGAGUCAGAUCCUCCGUGACCUGCUGACCACAGAGCCGACCGGGGAGAGAGCGUCACUGUUGUGGUUUAUUUCUGCACGGUUCUGUCGGUAUGUCCACCUGGUACCAGUCCGGCUGUGGGCCCAGUGUGGCUCCCCUGGUUUCCUGUAAACUCUGCCUUGGGGACUUCCCCUCAGAUCGCAUGACCACCGUCAACCAAUGCCGAUGCGUCUUCUGCACGCUAUGUCUGAGGCGCUACGUGUCGCUUCUCCUCUCGGAGGGCCUGGAGGCGGAGGUGAGCUGCCCCGACGCCGCCUGUCCAGAACGGGGCCGGCUGCUGGACACGGAGAUCGAGGUUGUGGUGGAGCCGGAGAGCAUGAGGAGGUACCGGAGGCUGCGCUUCGAGAGGGAGGUGCUGCUGGACCCGGGUCGGACCUGGUGCCCCGCCCCUUCCUGCCAGGCCGUCUGCCGGCUGCAGGGGGCGGAGUCAGCGGCGCCCCAGGCGGUGGGCUGUCCCGGCUGCGGGUUGGAGUUCUGCUCCGCCUGCCGGGCCCAACGGCACCCGGGCAGAACCUGUCCGGACCCCAGCGGAACCGUCGGCCGCUUCCUGCCGGGGGAGCACAGCUCGCUGAUGGAGGGGGGCGUGGACGACCCGGUGAAGCCCUGCCCCCGCUGCCAGGUGUUCAUCCAGAGGGACCAGGGCUGCGCUCAGAUGACCUGCAGGAACUGCAAACACUGCUUCUGCUGGUACUGCCUGGACUCCCUGGACGAGGACGUCCUGCUCAUCCACUACGAUAAGGGUCCCUGCAGGAACAAGCUGGGCCACUCCAGAGCCUCGGUCAUCUGGCACCGCACGCAGGUAGUCUGUACGUUUGCUGGCUUCGGGUUCAUCUUGUUGGCCGCCUCCCCCUUCCUGCUGCUGGCCGCGCCCCUCUUCUUCUGCUGCCCGUGGAACCACAGCAGGCGGGCCGACGACCCGCUGCCCACCUAGCAACGGUAACCCACGGUAACGCCAGCAUCCCGGCCCAGCGCUAUCCCCUUGGGACAUCUCUGCUGCCCAAGGGUCGAAAGUCGCGGUUCUGGGGGUCAGGUGUGUUCUGUUGGACAGAAACCGUCCAGAUGUCUCCCUGCUGUUUAUUAUGGUCUGGUCGUCCAUCACUUGAGGCAGAACAAUACGCUGCAGUACUGAGUCUAAGCAGAGGGGGGCGCUUUUCCUGCAGCUUCAUUUUCCACUCCUAUCAAGUCUAAACUAAUCCGACGUCUCCAUGGCGACUUGUCUCCUAGCAACGGGAUGAGACCCCGCCCCCAGGGACGUCCCCAGCAUCUGUUCUGUUGCCGUUUGAAACCAAACCACGAGUGUUGUGUUUUGAAAUGGUAGGGUGCUGAUGAACUCUGCUGCCACGUUGACUUUAAUUGUUUUAUUUAUUGUUUUAUUUUGUACUAAACUUUUAAUGAGAAACGGAUGAAGCAGAAAGUGUCUCUUGGAUGCGCUGCAUGUUCGUUUCAAGAAUUUUUAAAUGAUUGAGAAUGAUCCAAUGUGCACUUUAUUUGUAUAUUCCUGUAUUAUAUAUUGUCAUUAAAUUAUUUUUGACCUGAAA